AUGAUGAGUUUGGAAACCAGUCUUGCUCUUCAGCUCCCGGUCAUUGAUUUCACGAGCCAAGACCUAAAACCGGGAACUUUCGAGUGGGAUUUGGUGAGAGACAAUGUCCGAAGAGCUCUAGAAGAGUAUGGAUGCUUUGAGGCCUUGUUCGAUAAAGUCCCUGUCAAACAUAGAAAGGCAGUUUUCGAUGUCUCUGAAGAGUUUUUCCAACUAUCUUUAGAGACGAAAGAGAGAGUUGUUUCAGAGAUUAAGUACAAAGGUUACGUGGGUCAGAAUCCAACAAAUCCUCUCUACGAGGGUGUGGGCAUCGAGUUUUCAGACAAUACCGAGAAAGUUGAUGCUUUUACGCAGAAGCUUUGGCCCAAAGGAAACAUCAGCUUCAGCGAGACGGUUCUAUCAUUCACUGAGCAGGUAUCCGAACUAGAUUUUGUGACCCGGAGAAUGAUAAUGGAGAGUUUCUGGCUUGAAGAAAAGUACAUACAAGAACAUCUGAAUUCCACAAAAUGUCUAAACAGUGUAGCAGACGGAAUAGAAGUGAAAACAAAAGACGAUAAGCAUUGGAUCAAAGCCAAUGCUUCCCAGGAUUCUUCAUUCAUUGUUCUUGGCGGAUCUAUGCUACAUGUACUGCUGAACGGUCGGGUGUUAUCACCGGUUCACCGUGUGACGAGGAUUGGAACAAACACAAGUUACUCGGCUGGACUUUUUGCUGUUCCCAAAACAGAGGAUUUGAUAUAUGCACCAGAAAAGGUGGUUGACGUCGACCAUCCUCGUCUCUUUAAACCCGUUGAUUUCGAAGGAUACUUUCAGUUCACCACUGAGGAAUCUGGAAGAAGAGAUUCGAAGGCUCUCAUGACUUAUUGUGGCCUCUGAGGAAGAAACAAGCCAAAAUGUGUGUACCAAAAAGGAAACCAAUCUACAUUCAAA